AUGUCGAAUCAUCUAAGAUACUUCGUGGCCUUGGCCUUAAUACAAGUGGUGUUUUCCUCAGGCGUGUUUGAGCUGAAGAUCCACUCGUUCCACACCGCGCACCGCAUCUGCAGGCGACACAGGGACUGCCACAUAUUCUUCCGCAUCUGCCUGAAGCACCCGGAGGACGUGAUCUCCGCCGAGCCCCCUUGCACUUUCGGGACGGGACAGACCAACGUCAUACGCGCUGAUCACACCUCCAUCUCAAGCAGCGACCCCAUUCGGGUGCCUUUUCAUUUCAAGUGGCCGGGAACAUUUUCGCUCAUCAUUGAAGCCUGGAACGCUGAAUCCCAAACGGAAUACACAGACAACCAGAACAACCUCGUGAGCCGCCUGGCCACCAGGAGAAGACUGGCCAUCGGGGAGGACUGGUCCCAGGACGUCCACUUCGGGGAGCAGAGCGAGCUGCGCUACUCCUACCACGUGUUCUGCGACGAGUACUACUUCGGAGAAGGCUGCGCUGAGUACUGCCGACCACGAGACGACACGCUGGGCCACUACACCUGCGACGAGGAGGGGAGCCGCAUCUGUCUGGAGGGCUGGAAGGGAAACUACUGCUCUGAAUCCAUCUGCUCGGCGGACUGCAGCGAGAAGCACGGCUACUGCGAGGCCCCUGGGGGCUGCAAGUGUCGCAUGGGCUGGCAGGGCCCCUCCUGCACCGAGUGCGUGCGCUACCCCGGCUGCCUGCACGGGACGUGUGGCCAGCCGUGGCAGUGUAAUUGCCAGGAGGGAUGGGGGGGACUCUUCUGCGACCAGGACCUCAACUACUGCACCAACCACAAGCCCUGCGCCAAUGGCGCCACGUGCACCAACACGGGCCAGGGCAGCUACACGUGCACCUGCCGGCCAGGUUACGGAGGCACCAACUGCGAGCUGGAAACCAACGAGUGCGACAGCAACCCCUGCAAGAACGGAGGCAGCUGCAAUGACCUCGAGAACGACUAUUCAUGCACGUGUCCCCAAGGCUUCUACGGCAAGAACUGCGAGAUUAUAGCGAUGACUUGCGCUGACGGUCCUUGCUUUAACGGCGGCACCUGCGUCGAGACGAUGACGGGGGGUUACACGUGCCGCUGCCCUCCCAGCUACACCGGCUCCAACUGCGAGAAGAAACUGGACCGCUGCAGCAACAACCCAUGUCUUCACGGCGGCGAGUGUCUGGACCUCGGCCAGAGCGUGCUGUGCCGCUGCCAGGCCGGCUUCACCGGCGCCAACUGCCAGGUCAACAUCGACGACUGCGCCGCCGUCCCGUGCCAGAACGCCGGCACCUGCCAGGACGGCGUGAACGACUACACCUGCUCGUGCACGCUGGGCUACACGGGCAAGAACUGCAGCGUGCGCUCAGACGCGUGCGGCGUGCGCCCCUGCAUGAACGGGGGCACCUGCUUCACCCACUUCACGGGCCCCGUGUGCCAGUGCCCCGUGGGCUUCAUGGGCCCCAGCUGCGAGUUCACCCUGCAGCCCGCGCUCCGGCCCGCGCUGCGGCAGACGGAGCAGCCGUCGUCGGCCGCCGUCACCGCCUCGUGCGUCCUGGCGGCGCUGGCCGUGGCCCUGGUGGCGGGCAUCGUGGUGCUGCGCCGGCGGUGGCGGUCGCGGGGGAGGAAGCAGCUGAGGGACAAGGCGGUGUACAACGACCUGGAGACGGUCAACGGCGUGGUCAGCGGCGGGUGUGGCGGCGGCGGCAGCGAGAGGGAGGCCUUCCUGGGUCCCAACGGCCUGUUCAAGAUCAGCAACAGCACGGCGAGGCUCAGCCUGGCGCUCCACGCCGCCGACGGCCGGCCGGGGUACAGACCCAGCCACCCCGCGGAGGGAGGCCCGGCCCGGGGGGAGCGCCACUCGCUGUCCCCCGGACAGGACUUCAUGUGGAGGGACGAGGCCACGCUGGGCUCCGGGCCGGGGAUGAGGUGAACGGGGACGGGGGUGGGACGGUGUGAGUGAGAGAGAAAGAGAGAGAGAGAGCGGGAGAGAGAAAGAGAGGGAGAGAGUCACGCAAGAGAAGAUCUUUUUCUAGGGGGGGGGGAAUCCAUAGCACUUCUAUUCUCCUCUCUUCAGUAAUGAUUGGAGGAGGAGGGGGACAUAUUUUGAGUCGGCCAUGGCUGCCUGUGUGUUCCGGAGAUCACAGCGUUUAAACAAAAAGAUAGAGAAAAAAAGACGAAAAAAAAACUUUUUUAAUGACUUUUUUAAUAAUGAACUUGUAUGAUGAAGAAAAAGAUUAUUUGAGAUGUAUAUAAGGGUGAGGGGACAGCUCUUUCAAGUUUAAAUGACCCAAAGAGACUUAUAAUAAUAACAUUUUCUUAGGACCUAUCUAUCACAUAUACCAAAUACACAAAAAGCAAUACUCUGGUAAUCCCUUGAAAACCCACCCAAAAACGUUGUCUUUAUGAGGGUAGAUAUAUAUCCUUCCUUUUUUCUUUGUCAUUUGAUCGUUUUUUUGUCACACAGAAUCCUAAAAUGAUUACAUAGUUUUUUUGCAUUUCAAUCUUCCUUUGCCCAUUUUUACCUUAUCAUUUGUGAGCACCAUCAUUUAUAUUAUUUAUUUAUUUGAACGUUUAUGUUUGUAAGUCCUUGUUCUGAUGUAAAGAGAUAUUUAUUUGAGGUCAAUAACGCCAAGUGUUUGAUUUCUCCACCUUGGCAUCUGAUAUCCCAAAGAUAUUUAAAACUAAAAGGGAUAAUGAAAGCUUAAUUGGAUUUCUCACGUGUGUUGGUGUAUUGAUUGUCUUUAUACUAUGUUGUGCCAUUUUAAGUUCAUGCCAAAGUUUUGUUUCCCCAAACAUUUUCACUCAUACUUGAUUUUUACAUUUUGUAUGUGGUUGUAAUAUGGAAUAAAAAUAUGUUUUUAAAACAAGAAAUUCCCUGCCUCAAAUGAGUUGUUUUUAUCCUUACAUACAAACAUAGGAGUACUUCAAA